CCUUUAUAUAUAUCUAUGAUGGUCUCCAUCAAACCACACCGGAAGUUCUUUUACUGCUUUUAAAGCGGCGCAUCCAGCGUUUUGUGGAGGACACAAUUCAGCCGAAAUGAUCAGUAAAGUGGUUGGUGCGAAGUAUGUGGCCAUUGCCAAAUCAUGGAUCCCAACCAUGGCGGUUUGGGGCACAGCAGGAGGUGUGGCCCUGGUCCACUUCACAGAUUGGCGAUUGAUUUUGGAUUAUGUCCCCUACAUAAGCGGCAAAUUCAAGAAUGACGAGUAGAGACACUCAGUCAGGUCGGUGCCGUUGUUCCAGACAGAGACUUCGAUAAUGAACCAUAACUGCCUGAGCCUGCAUUGGCUGCUGGGCCACUGAAAGCGGUCGUCUUCAUCCUGCGGCUCAGCCAGCAUUGAACUGUUAUCUCCAUCAUGGCAUGAAACCAACUGGAGUUUGUCACCUUAAACAGUGCAAACUUGGACGGAAGGAAAAUACCACACCAACACCAACGAUAGAUGGACUUUUCUUUUCUUUUACCACUUUUGGUUCGCAAAUGGAAAAAUCUUUCCUUCAUGUAACACUGUAAUUUUUUGAAAGAGAAUUAAAGUAUGUGAGAUAUAACCUA